AUGGGAAAUAUAGGAUCGGCUGGAUCAAAUAUAAAAGAGCAGCCACGAACUGAUUUAUCCGAUAAUGAACCUUCGAGUUCUCAACAACAAGUUGCAAGGAAAACUAGUCAACCGAUGCUUUUGAAAAAUCCAAGGCCAAGUAUAAGCAGCCAAGGAAGAAAAACUUCCGUACUUGUUCUAUCACAACGACAGAUUGUAAAAGGAUGUAUGGAUAAAGCGAAAGAUGACAUUGCGGAAAGAAUAUAUAGACGAAUAAUCGAAAAACGAGACGAUUUCCGGAAAUUUGUUGAAGCACUGUCUGAAGAGCAACGAUGUGAAUUAGCAAAUUCAUUACGUAGCUAUUUGAAAAAUGUUGUAAACCAGCUUAUGGAUAGGGCAGCAGUGCAACGAAUUUCGGAGGAUUUCGGUGCACGACAUGUACAGUACCGUUCUUCCGGUUUCCGACCGGAUUUCUUUGCUAUCACGGCAGAUGCGGUUACAACGGAAUGUGUAUUGUUAGAUGCCGCAGUACAUUCGGCAUCCGAAGCUUUAUUUGCUUGGUCAACGUUGACAACGUUUAUGUUCAGUUCCGUACGCGACGGUUAUUACAGUGAGCAACGACGACUGCGUAAAACAUCACAACAAUGCAUAAAUCGUAACAAAAUUUCUUUACCCGCUGCAUUAAUUGAAACAAUAAAUCGAUUCGAUAAUGGACGAAAAUUCUCAAAUGUUUCAUAUAAUAGUGAAUUUUUUGCUGAAAGUGAUGUUGAUGAAAUGAAUGAACUGGAAAAUAGUAAGAGCAUAGCAAAAUGGAUGGAAGAGGAAGAAGCAAAGUGUCGAUCAAAAAUGGCAGUAAGAGAUGUAGCAGAAAGAAUAGAAAUACUCGAAACAGGAGAUGAAGCAAAUGAUUCGAUUCAAGGCGACAUGACGAAGCAUAUGACAACAGAUGUCCAUCGACAACUUAGGAUAGCAUUUCAUGCUCGACGUGAUUCUACCAUCUAG